GAGACUUAGUAAAGAGGAAGAAAUUUUUCUAUACUAAAGAAUCUCUCCUUUUCUAGCAUAUAUUAUACUCCCAAACCCAUUCUUCAAAGAUACAUAACUCUUCAUUUCUUAUUAUUCAUUUUUUUUAUAACUUAUCGUAUAGUUUUAUAGCAUGUACAAAUCCCAAAUGCAAAAUUCAGAGAAUAACCAACACCAGCACCAGCACUCAGAUUCUGAUAUUGUUGGGGACAACGACAAGAUCUCGUUCAGUGGCCCACUGAGUGGGCCACUGAACAAGAGGCCAGGUGGCGGUGGGAGAAAAAGUGCGAGAUUCAACAUCCCAGGCGACUCCUCCCCCGCCCAGGCCAGCGAUGACUAUGUGGAGAUCACCCUCGACGUGAGGGAGGACUCGGUGGCGGUGCACAGCGUGAAGGCGGCCGGGGGCGGGGAGGUGGAGGAUCCGGAGCUGGCUCUGCUGGCCCGAGGCCUAGAGAAGCGGUCCUCGCUCGGAUCCUCCGUCGUCAGAAACGCCUCAUCGAAAAUCCGGCAGGUCUCUCAGGAGCUCAAGCGCCUCGCCUCCCUCACGCGCCGCCCUGCGCAGGCGGGGAGGUUCGACCGGACCAAGUCCGCCGCCGCGCAUGCGCUCAAGGGGCUCAAGUUCAUCAGCAAGACCGACGGCGGCGCCGCCUGGGCCGGGGUGGAGAAGCGGUUCGAUAAAAUUGUUAAAGAAGAAGCUAAUGGCUUGCUUCCUCGCGCACGCUUUGGCGAAUGCAUAGGCAUGAAUAAGGAGUCUAAGGAUUUCGCCGGCGAGCUCUUCGACGCGCUAGCGCGGCGGAGGAACAUCGGCGGCGGGUGCAUUAACAAGGCGCAGCUGAAGGAAUUCUGGGACCAAUUUGCUGAUCAAAGCUUCGAUUCACGCCUUCAAACAUUCUUCGACAUGGUUGAUAAAGAUGCUGAUGGAAGAAUCACAGAAGAGGAAGUGAGAGAGAUUAUUACACUAAGCGCCUCCGCCAACAAGCUGUCGAAUAUUCAGAUGCAAGCCGAUGAAUAUGCAAGAUUGAUCAUGGAAGAAUUGGACCCAAACGAGUUAGGAUAUAUCAUGAUUGAGAAUCUGGAGAUGCUGCUGCUGCAAGGGCUGGGCCAAUCCGUUCGAGGUGAGCGUGAGAGCCGGAAUCUGAGCAAGAUGCUGAGCGAGAAACUUAAGCCAACUCAAGACCCUCCCAUAAAGAGGUGGUACAGAGAUGGUCGCUACUUUGUGCUUGAUAAUUGGCAGAGAGUUUGGGUGAUGGCAUUGUGGAUUGGAGUAAUGGCUCUUCUCUUCACUUGGAAAUACAUCCAAUACAAGGAUAGAGAGGCUUUCGAGGUGAUGGGCCACUGCGUCUGCAUGGCCAAGGGCGCCGCCGAGACCCUCAAGCUCAACAUGGCCCUCAUCCUUCUCCCCGUCUGUCGGAACACCAUCACCUGGCUCAGGAACAAGACCAAGCUAGGGGCCGCCGUCCCAUUUGACGACAAUCUCAACUUCCACAAGGUUAUUGCAAUCGCAAUUGCAAUGGGGGUUGGAAUACAUGGGAUAAGCCAUCUGGCAUGUGAUUUUCCCCGGCUCUUGAGCGCGACGCCAGAAGAGUACGAGGACAUGGUGCCUUUCUUCGGGGAGCAGCCGACGAGCUAUUGGUUCUUCAUUAAAGGGUGGGAAGGAGUGACCGGAAUUGUGAUGGUUGUGCUUAUGGCAAUUGCCUUCACACUUGCUUCACCAUGGUUUAGGAGGGGGAAAGUUAGCCUACCAAAGCCAUUGAAUAAGCUCACAGGCUUCAAUGCCUUUUGGUAUUCACAUCACUUAUUCGUCAUUGUAUACGCUUGCCUCAUUAUUCACAGUAUCAAGCUCUACUUGACCAAAGAAUGGUACAAGAAAACGACGUGGAUGUAUUUGGCCGUUCCGAUCACACUCUAUGCUUCGGAAAGGUUGAUUAGGGCAUUUAGGUCGAGCAUCAAGGCCGUCAAAAUUUUAAAGGUGGCUGUGUACCCUGGGAAUGUGCUAACGCUUCACAUGUCUAAGCCACAAGGAUUCAAAUAUAAAAGUGGUCAAUACAUUUUUGUCAAUUGUGCAGCUGUUUCUCCAUUCGAAUGGCACCCAUUUUCCAUUACUUCAGCACCCAGAGAUGAUUAUGUGAGUGUUCACAUCAGAACACUUGGUGAUUGGACCAGGCAAUUGAAAGCUGUUUUCUCUGAGGUUUGUCAGCCUCCGCCUACCGGAAAAAGUGGACUCCUUCGUGCUGAUUAUUUGCAAGGAGAGAAUAAUCCAAACUUCCCUAAAGUGUUGAUCGAUGGUCCAUACGGUGCACCAACUCAAGACUACAAGAGCUACGACGUCGUGUUGCUGGUCGGGCUAGGUAUAGGCGCUACGCCCAUGAUUAGUGUUGUCAAGGACAUAGUCAAUAACAUGAAAGCAAUGGACAUGGAGGAGAAUGCAUUGGAGGAAGGAAGCACGGCCCCCAGCCCUCUCACGACGCCCAGGCAAAGUGCGGGCUCAGGGAGCGGGCGACACAGCUUCAAGACCCGAAGGGCAUACUUCUACUGGGUGACGCGUGAGCAGGGAUCCUUCGAUUGGUUCAAGGGCGUGAUGAACGAGGUGGGCGAGAUGGAUCACAAGGGAGUGAUCGAGAUGCACAACUACUGCACAAGUGUCUAUGAGGAGGGAGACGCGCGCUCCGCCCUCAUCGCCAUGUUGCAAUCCCUCAACCACGCCAAGAAUGGGGUCGACGUCGUGUCGGGCACGCGCGUCAAGUCCCACUUCGCCAAGCCUAACUGGCGCACCGUCUACAAGCGAAUCGCGCUCAAUCAUCCUAAUAGUAGAGUCGGGGUGUUUUACUGUGGGGCACCACCACCAGUGAAGGAGCUAAGACAACUGGCUUCUGAUUUCUCUCACAAGACCAACACCAAAUUUGAAUUCCACAAAGAGAACUUUUGAAUUUUCUCAUAAUAUUUUUUUAUAAAUUUUAUUGGAUUGAUUGAAGAGCUAGCUUCUCUAGAUAAUUAUAAUCCCUCCCAAAUAUCUGAAUGGAGAGAAAUGGCAUUAUCAUGGAGGUGGACCACCACCCACCAUCAAAUCUUUUAGGUUUUUGAUCAACCAUUAUUAAUUUAUUUAUUUGUUUAGAUAGUAUAGGUAUAGAUAUAUACAUAGAGAGUUUGUUGUUAUAAGUGACGCCAUCAAGAGUCAUGUUUGCAUCAGCAUGUAGAUGAGGUAGUUUAAUUUGUUGUAAGAUAAUGGAUUUGAUUAGUGGGAGGUGGAAUGAUUCUUAUUUCGAUCCACCAACCCAUUAAUUGAGGAUUUUAGUUGACCUAUUAAUUGAAUUUAUUGCUUUGCUUUGCUUUUGUUUA